GAAAAGACACAGUUUUUGAAGGCUUGCUGUGUGCCAACAACAGGCUCUUUACACAUCAUCUGAUUUCACCUUCACGACAAAAUCUGUGAGAGAACUACACCAAAUUCACCAUGAUUGAAGACAAUAAGGAAAAUAAAGAUCAUUCCUUAGAAAGAGGGAGAGCAACCCUCAUUUUUUCCUUGAAGAAUGAAGUUGGUGGACUCAUAAAAGCACUGAAAAUCUUCCAGGAGAAGCAUGUGAACCUGUUACAUAUCGAGUCUCGAAAAUCAAAGAGAAGAAACUCAGAAUUUGAGAUUUUUGUGGACUGUGAUAUCAACAGAGAACAAUUGAAUGACAUUUUUCAUCUGUUGAAGUCCCAUACUAACGUUCUCUCUGUGAAUCCACCAGAUAAUUUUACUGUGAAGGAAGAUGGUAUGGAAACUGUUCCUUGGUUUCCAAAGAAGGUUUCUGACCUGGACCAUUGUGCCAACAGAGUUCUGAUGUAUGGAUCUGAACUGGAUGCCGAUCAUCCUGGCUUCAAAGACAAUGCUUACCGUAAAAGACGGAAAUAUUUUGCAGACUUGGCUAUGAACUAUAAACAUGGAGACCCCAUUCCCAAAGUUGAAUUCACUGAAGAAGAGAUUAAGACCUGGGGAACUGUGUUCCGAGAGCUCAACAAACUUUACCCAACCCAUGCCUGCAGAGAGUAUCUCAAAAACUUACCUUUGCUUUCUAAAUAUUGUGGAUACCGGGAAGAUAAUAUCCCACAAUUGGAAGAUGUCUCAAACUUUUUAAAAGAGCGCACUGGUUUUUCCAUCCGUCCCGUGGCUGGUUACCUGUCACCAAGAGAUUUCUUAUCAGGUUUAGCCUUCCGGGUUUUCCACUGCACACAGUACGUGAGACACAGUUCCGACCCUCUCUAUACCCCAGAGCCAGAUACUUGCCAUGAGCUCUUAGGUCAUGUCCCCCUUUUGGCUGAACCUAGUUUUGCUCAAUUCUCCCAAGAAAUUGGCCUGGCUUCCCUUGGAGCUUCAGAGGAGUCUGUUCAAAAACUCGCAACGUGCUACUUUUUCACUGUGGAGUUUGGUCUCUGUAAGCAAGACGGGCAGCUGCGAGUCUUUGGUGCUGGAUUACUUUCUUCUAUCAGUGAACUUAAGCAUUCACUUUCUGGACAUGCCAAAGUAAAGCCCUUUGAUCCCAAGAUUACCUGCAAACAGGAAUGUCUCAUCACAACUUUUCAGGAUGUCUACUUUGUAUCUGAAAGCUUUGAAGAUGCAAAGGAGAAGAUGAGAGAAUUUACCAAAACAAUCAAGCGUCCAUUUGGAGUGAAGUAUAAUCCGUACACACGGAGUGUUCAGAUCUUGAAAGACACCAAGAGCAUAACCAGCGCCAUGAACGAGCUGCAGCAUGAUCUCGAUGUCGUCAGUGAUGCCCUUGCAAAGGUCAGCAGACAGCCGAUCAGCUGAUCCUGAGAGGGUCUGAAUGCCAGUUCCGAGGCCUGUGGGCCAGCUCCUGCUUUUCUUGAAGACCUGCUUGCGGAGGGACAGCAGCCAAAGGAUAUUCUCCACUCCUAUUCCUUAAUCAGUUCUUUGAAAAUUCGCCCCUGAAUACUCUAUAUCACUACCUAUUAUUUUUUGGGGGUAACAGCUUUAGCGAAAUAUGAUUCAUAUAUGUUACAAUUCACUGGCCACUUGUUUUUUUAUAGAGAAUUUUUUUCACCCCAGAGAUAGAUCUCAUACCAGCUUGAUUCUCUUUUCCCUAAUCCUUCUUGAAUAAAAUGACCUUUACGAUGACUUAAAAUACCUGGAUGGGUAUUAUGGACCCGACCCAUACUGCUACCUAAGAUCCUCUUACUUCUAAAGUAUAUUACUUAUCUUUGGCUUUGUGCCAACCUUGAUCACAUUCACAGCCCUAAAUUUAAUAGGAGACCAGCUUUCUCCACUUCUAGUGUGGGCAGGAGUAUAGAGGCCUUUGUAUGUGAAGCCUACCUUGUAAAGAGGAAGUAGUCUAGUUUCCAAGUGUGGUAUCUUGUAGGGAAGUAUGAGUAGCCAAAUCUGGAAAGGUUGGUUGGGGUAUAAUCAUCAAGCCCAGGGUAAUAAUUUGGGACUUUAUUUGGUAGGGAACUAGGGAGUCCCUUCCCAAGCGACCAUCCUCCUUGAGUGAGACCCUUUGCUUUCUAAGGCACUGCAUGAGGCUGGCUUUGUUUUAGAUGAUCUCUUCUACUCAUGGGGCCAAGGGGAACUUCGGGGUACCAUAUAUAAGGCCCUAUACUUACACAUGCAGGGUAUUAUGAUGGGAUUUGUCCUCAGGUUAGCAGGAGUUGUCAUUGUCAAAUGGAGAGUUCAAACUGAGACAGAUGAAAGAAACACAAAGUUAAGGUGGGGAAAGCAACAUGGAGCCCUUCAUUUCCAAGGUAUAGGUGAGGUCAUAAAUAUGGAGGCAAGGUAUAGGGGGUAGAGAGUGGGGAAAUGGGUGAGGAAAUGGGAUGUAAGAAAAGUGAAGAAAACCGUUUUAGGUCUGACACCAAAAAUGCAAGCGUGGCAAGGACUGGUUUUAUGUGCUGUUAGGUAUGUAGGACAGGGAAUGGGCCUGUUAGAAGAGGAUGAAGCUGGACUCGUGAAUACGUGCUGUGUCUUUUCCAUUUGCUCCUUUUCUCCUCCCCGCCCCCCCACUUUCCCUCAGGUUUCUGUCUUUGGCCCUCUUCUCUCUUUGCCAUCUCUUUUAUGGGAAAUGGCAUCCACAUCUCUGACUUCAAUUCCUUUUUU